CAAUCAUGAGAUUUCGGUGUCUACUUCCGGAUGGUCCCAUUCCUGCGGCCUGUGCCGCGUUACGUACAGUACUUGGGGGCCAGGACUUUUCCACGUGAUCUUGCCCGCUGGCGCCUACAGCCUCACUUUACGAUGAGAAAAUUAUCAUGGGAUUUCAACAUAUUCAAGCUUUCCCGAAACUUCGCGGCAUAUCAACUAUGUGAAUAUGGCGGAAACAUUGGGGAUGGUGACCGGAGUCCUUACACUCCUGCCUUUAUGUCGAGAUGGCCUCGCAAUGAUCAAGGGGGUUUUCGACGCGCCAAGGACACUUCAGUUAGCCGUGGCUAGGAUAGAGUUCCAACAGGACAGAUUCGACGAAUGGAGAGAGAUCUGGCGAAAUGAAGACGGCGAACAGGAUAUGAAAUUCGAACAUUACGCAAAGAGUGAUCCUGUAACUGCAAGAAAAGUUCAUCGCCAACUGGCUUUGAUGGCACUGGCACUGUUCGAUACUCACGCUUUCGAGGAGCAGUUUGGAAUGAAGCCCCAGCGAUUUCCGGACCGAGAACCGAAAGAUCUCACGCGCUUCCGACUCAAAGAUGGCGAGAAUCUAACACUCGAAACGCAAGGCACCUUCCUCGAACGAUGCAAAAUCAACAUGUCCAUCAUCAAGAGGUGCAAGUUUCUCUUCCGACAUAGAGAUGAAGGAUAUAACAAACUUAUUGAUCUGCUGAAACAUAACAUAGAGGAACUUGUCACACUUGGGCCAACAUUCGAACUGGCAAGGGUGAGGAAGGGAGAAUGUGAUAAGUUGAGGAAGAUGGACAUGGAGGAGUUGCGCGGCAGAGCUGAGGCAGCAGCCUACGAGGCAAGACACACCCCGCCCGGAAUUUCUAUUGGGGAUACCUAUCAUAAUAUCUCUCUUGCUGCGAAAUUCAGCAUUGUGGUGCGGUACCAGAGGCAACAUGCGGCGUACAAGUUUACCAUGCGAGACUUCCGACUCGAUCCAGCAUACGCCCUCCCUUCUACCGAGUCUUCGACUAUGGCGCUUCUAUUUGACUAUCCUGCCAAGAAGGAAAACCGAGUUGUUUUGAUUGAGUGGGUUGAUGAUAUGGAGCGAUAUGCAGAGAAGGAUACAAGAGACAAGACAUUGAUUCUUUCGACCUCCAAGCCUGGACAGCUACUGCUUCCUACUUGCUAUGGGAUGGUGGAAGACUCAGCAAAUAGGAGGUUUGGUCUUGUGCUGGCACCACCAGCCCAUAUCCGAGCUAAUCUACCAUCAAUUAUGCCCACCGGAGCGAUUUCACAGAAACGAAUGCCGGUCUCACUCAAGGAGUUGUUGGAAAAGGAACACCCCGCCUGUCAGCAGAUGCUGGAAUUGGGUGCUCGCUUCCGCCUUGCGAAGAAAUUGGUCGAUGCAGUGCAUAUGAUGCACAGCGUUGGCUGGAUCCACAAGAACAUUCGCUCCAAUUCGAUCCUCUUCUUCCCUGCGCCCAAUAUUCCCUCUAGUGGGGUCCCAGUAGGCCCUGCAUCAGGCUACCCGCAGCCCAUCGGAUACGAGCUUCCUCUCUUCACGGGACUUUUCAACCCACGAAUCGACGACAUCCUCGAAGAAGUCUCAGACACAAAAGAAUAUCGCUCAGCCUUCUCAGAUGCAGAGAUAUAUCGCUCGGUCGACCCACGACCACAGCGUAGCAAGCUCGCUAAAGACUUCGAACAAACCCUCGAUUACUACCAACAUCCGGACAAGCGUUGGAAUCCUACGAUAAGAUACUCGAGGUCACAUGAUAUAUAUAGUCUUGGAUGUUUGUUGUUGGAGAUUGGGCUUUGGGAACCGCUAGAGACGUUAGUGGAGAUUGAAGAUGAUGAUUUCGAGCGAGUGAAGAGGGGGUUCCAGGCGUUGACUAUGAAACUUGAUAGCUUGGCGGGGUCGGUAUACGGUGAUAUAGUCCGGAAAUGUCUCGCGAUUAAUGUCCGCGAACGAACCGAACACUUGUCGGACUUCUGCUCAGAAAUUGCAGCCCGACUCGAUAAGUGCUGGGCUUAGUAGGAGUCGGUUCUGUUUGGCAUACGGCAGUGUAAUACUAGAAUGACGAAGCUGUUUUCCGUUCUAUGGUUCAUAAUGUGUGGGUGGGGGUUGAGCACGUGAUCGAUCUCGAUUUGGUCCGAUGGGACGGAAUCACUUGCAUAUUUUUUUGGCCGUCUUUGUACUUGCUUUCUUUUCAAUUAAUACUUCACAUCUCCGAGUAGUGUCAAGCCAAAUUUAAAUUUAUCAUAAUAUGUCUUUCGGUCUCAACACCGGCUAGCUGAAUGCUGAUCAUCGUCGCCUUCG